AUGAAUUUAAAUAAGAAUAAGAGUUUAAUUUUAAAGAUUAAAAAGGAAUUAAUUUUUUCGGAAAAUUUACAAAAUUUAGUAAAGGCUUAUUAUCAAUUAUGUUUUGUUUUGGGUGGUUUAGUUUUACAUCCUUUUCUUUAUAGUGGACUUUUAUGUGAGUUUUUGCGUUCUGAAAUUCUUAUAAAUGUUAUUAAAUCAAUAUAUGAACCUAGAGUUGAAAUGGCCUAUUCUUUUUUGUUUUUUUUUAUUCUCGAGGGCAGGACAUUUCUUUAAGACUAAAAAACAUUAAAAAUUAUAGAAAAUGCAGAUGAUUAUGUUGGUGUAGAUCAUAGUUUAAAGUUAGAAUAUUUUACAAGAUUCGCUUAUGAUAAUAUUCUAAACAUUCUUCUAGUUCUUAUUCUUAUUAAUAUGAUGGGAGGACUUGUUAUUGAUAAAUUUAGAGAACUCAAAAAGAAAAUCGAAAGAAGAGAUAUUGAUUAAAAAAAAUAUUGCUUUAUAUGUGGUUUAGAUAGAUAAACACUUGAUAGAGGAAGUGAUUUGGGAGGAUUUACUAAACAUACUAAAAUAUAUCAUAAAAUGUGGAAUUAUGUAUUUUAUUAAGCUUAUUUAAAAUUUAAAGAAGUUACCGAAUAUAAUGGAGAUGAAUCUUAUAUAUGGUUAAAAAUAUAAAAGCUUGAUGUUUCUUGGAUUCCUAAAAAAAGAACUAAACUAAUUUUGGAUGAAGAAGAUCUAGAAGAAUAGAAGCUAAAUAUAAUAUAAAAUAUAGAAACACAAAGUAACUAAUUAAAAAUUCAAUAAGACGAAAUAAUAAAAAAGUAAAAAGAAAUAAUUAAAAUCUAAAAAUUAAUUCAAUAAAAAUAAUAUAAUUGA